ACGCCUUUGAGCUCGAAAAUGUUAGCCUGUGUUGUUAAAUCUGGACGCAACGGAGAAUUUUGCGAGAAGGAAAUAAUACAGUUACAGCUCUGAAAAAGACUAAUACGAGUGAUACCUUUUUACAUCUGUUUCGUUACUUUCGUGUCCUAAAAUAAGUUUGUGUAUUGGGUAUACCCAAAAAGAAAGUUAGCUCGAUUUUUCUCGGAGUGAUGUCGAAUCCUGGGACUCGAAGGAACGGGUCCAGCAUUAAAAUCAGACUGACAGUGUUAUGUGCCAAGAAUCUAGCAAAGAAAGACUUCUUCCGCUCAUGUGUUUCUGUCACAGGGUUACCUGACCCUUUCGCCAAAGUCGUUGUCGAUGGCUCAGGUCAAUGCCACUCCACAGACACAGUCAAGAGCACACUGGACCCCAAGUGGAACCAGCAUUAUGACCUGUACAUUGGGAAGACGGACUCGAUCACCAUCAGUGUGUGGAACCACAAGAAGAUCCACAAGAAACAGGGCGCCGGCUUCCUGGGCUGUGUGAGGCUGCUGUCCAACGCUAUCAGCAGACUCAAAGACACUGGCUACCAGCGUUUGGACCUAUGCAAACUCAACCCCUCAGACAGCGAUGCAGUGCGUGGACAAAUAGUUGUGAGCUUGCAGACCAGAGACCGGAUUGGCAGUGGGGGGCCAGUGGUGGACUGCAGAGGACUGUUAGAAAAUGAAGGCACGGUGUUCGAGGACUCGGGCCCAGGGAGGCCGGGCAGCUGCUUCAUGGAGGAGCCGCUGCCCUACACGGACCCCACCGGGGCAGCCGGCGGGGGCAACUGCCGCGCCCUGGAGUCGCCCAACCAGGAGCAGCGGCUCCAAGCACAACGCGCCCGCAACCAGGACUCCCGGGGCCACGCGCACACUCCCCAGAACCGGCCGCACGGCCACCAGACGCCCGAACUGCCUGAGGGUUACGAGCAGAGGACCACAGUGCAGGGCCAGGUCUACUUCCUGCACACACAGACCGGCGUGAGCACCUGGCAUGACCCCAGGAUACCACGGGACCUGAACAGUGUGAGUUGUGAGGACCUGGGCCCCCUGCCCCCGGGCUGGGAGGUCAGGAGCACGGUGUCAGGAAGGAUUUAUUUUGUGGACCACAAUAACCGAACGACACAGUUCACCGACCCCCGGUUACAUCACAUCAUGAGCAGCCAGCAGUCUCAGGUGAAGGAGUCGACGCAGGCGCUGCCGGUGCAGAUGGAGGUGCCGGUGGAGGAGGGUGGCGAGGGCGGGGGCGAGCUGCCGGCGCGCUACGAGAGGGACCUGGUGCAGAAGCUCAAGCUGCUGCGCCACGAGCUCUCCCUGCAGCAGCCGCAGGCCGGACACUGCCGCAUCGAGGUGUCCCGCGAGGAGAUCUUCGAGGAGUCCUACAGACAGAUCAUGAAGAUGAGGCCAAAAGACCUGAAGAAACGACUGAUGGUGAAGUUCCGCGGGGAGGAAGGCCUGGACUACGGGGGAGUGGCCAGGGAAUGGCUGUAUCUCCUUUGCCACGAAAUGUUAAAUCCGUACUACGGGCUGUUUCAGUAUUCGACAGACAACAUCUACACCCUGCAGAUCAAUCCCGACUCGUCCAUCAACCCUGACCACUUGUCUUACUUCCAUUUUGUGGGGCGGAUCAUGGGCUUGGCCGUGUUCCACGGUCACUACAUCAACGGCGGCUUCACACUGCCCUUCUAUAAGCAGCUGCUAGGGAAGCCCAUUCAGCUGAGUGACCUGGAGACGGUAGACCCCGAGCUGCACAAAAGCCUCGUCUGGAUCCUGGAAAAUGAUAUCACGUCUGUUCUGGACCACACAUUUUGUGUAGAGCACAACGCCUUUGGCAAGUUCCUCCAGCACGAACUCAAACCCAACGGCAGGAACAUCGCCGUCACUGAGGAGAACAAGAAAGAAUACGUGAGGCUCUAUGUAAACUGGCGGUUCAUGAGGGGUAUCGAGGCCCAGUUCCUGGCCUUGCAAAAGGGGUUCAACGAGCUCAUCCCUCAGCAUCUACUCAAGCCAUUCGACCACAAGGAGCUGGAGCUGAUCAUCGGCGGCCUGGGAAAGAUCGACCUGAGCGACUGGAAGGCGAACACGCGGCUCAAGCACUGCGUGGCCGACAGCAACAUUGUGAAGUGGUUCUGGCAGGCGGUGGAGUCGUUCGAUGAGGAGCGGAGGGGCAGGCUCCUCCAGUUUGUCACCGGCUCCACGCGUGUCCCACUGCAAGGCUUCAAAGCACUGCAAGGCUCUACAGGUUCUGCAGGCCCAAGACUUUUCACUAUCCACUUGAUUGAUGCCAACACGGACAACCUGCCUAAAGCCCAUACAUGCUUCAACCGCAUCGAUAUCCCGCCUUACGAGUCAUAUGAGAAGCUCUAUGAGAAGCUCCUGACUGCCGUAGAAGAGACCUGUGGUUUUGCUGUUGAGUGAACGAACCCUCUCCCCCCAAGUCCUUCCUACCCCCACUUCCACUGCACAGUGACCAGCGGUGACUAACCUACUUAACAGCCACGCUCCCUUAAAGCACCCUAAACUCCCCUCUCCCAACCCGCUAACCCUCCCCCCAAAUUCCCCCCAAUGCCCCUACGGUGGACAAAACUGAUGGCUCCCCCCUCUCGGGUGAGCGAUACCCCUGGCCAGCAUCACCCACAGCCUAACAGGAGGGAUGCCACUACCAAGGGGCCUGGAACUCCGCUCCUGUGGGGCCCAGUUUUAGGAGUGUUUAUUCUGUUGUGUGAUGUUUGGGAGUUAUUAUUUUUUCUUUCCCACAUUUAACAUAACAAGUUUCACACCAAUGGAAAAAGAACAACAAAAAUCCGAUCCAUGUUUUUGUUAUUUUUAAUUUUUCGUUUCGUUCGUUUUUGGAAAAAUGAAAAAAAAAAAAAAAAAAAAAAAAAACGGAGGAAAAGCUUGUGAUGUCUUCGUCACUGAAGCGGUGGGUUUGGUAGUCUGAUUUUCAUUGCAAGUCGGUCGGCGAACUUGUGCUGCUUUUAGCUGCCAUGACCAGCUACUCGCUGAACCCUGGUCCACAUGAAGUAGAGGUCAAGUUUUAGUCAGCAUUAGGUUAAGUGUUUUAACACCACAGCCUUGGACAACAAAACAAAUCUACCUAUUGCAGUUACGUCUUGAAGGAGGAGGCCAAGGCCAGGUCAAUGACUGACUAUUUGCUACAUAAUCACAUCAACACAGAGGUAUAUGAUGUCUACAGGAGCAUAGGUUAAAAUGUUUUGUUUUUGUUUUUUAAUUUUGCAUCCUCUUCAGCAGGGUGGCAUUUUGCUUUUCUGUGGUAUCUCCAAUACUGUAUUUUAUAAUCAGUCAUUUUACUUUUUAAUGGCUUGUUGCAGGAUUUUUCCCCCUUUGAAAUGAUUGACGACAUAAAAGCCCCUAAUAAUGGGUCUCACUUUCUUUGAGACCGGAUGAUUUGACAGUUACUGCUCCUGUGAACAUUGCCUAUCAGACGAAGCACAUCAUUGAAAGAAGAGGUGCCAGUCAUGUGAAAUCAGGAGAGUGGGAAGACGGUUGGCAGCGUUACUCUGCAGAGCGUCUAUGAUUUCCUGACUUCUCUUGCAGUCACUGAGAAAUAACUUCAGUAUUUUCUUUUUACACAGAGUAUUCCUUCCUUUUUCUCGAAGUCUGUUUAUGAAUACUCUUUUUUUUUUUUCAGUCCCUAAUUUUAACCAUACUUUAAUCACAAAAGAUGUCUGUUGUGUGUGAGUAUCUUUCUUUUACAUCACUGUAUGAUCAAUGUAUGAUGUCCAUUAACAUCUCCAACCUCAAAUGGUCCUGAGUUCCAUCGUCAUAGCAGUGGAGUGAAUGAAACACACCUCAUUCAAGUGUCAUUAAUAUCAUUUGAAAGACAAAUUUUGUUCCUCAGUUAUUCAUUUCUUAAGAUGUUCAUGUUACUGCCAUGGUUGUCAAGCAUUUACUGUUGUGACAUCUGGUUCGCAAAAAGUGUACUCAAUUGAAUAGUUUUUUUUUAUUAUUAUUAUUAUUAUUAUUAUUAUUAUUAUUAUUAUUAUUUAUGUGUAUCUGAAUAUCACAGAUCCACGGUGCGACGAAUGAACAUAUACUUUCCAUAACUGCAUCUUAAACCACUGUCAGAAGUAACAUAAGCUUGGCUGUAGCACUUUUCACCGGCACAUACAGUUUUUCCUUUUAUAUUCCUUUCUGCAGACAGGAAUUCUAUGUCUGUUUCUGCUCACGUUGUAAAGAAAGGUCUAGGAUUUCAUCAUAUAGUGCUUGUCGUGCAUGGCACCAUGUUCUCCAUAAAUUUGAGUCACAGAGAAAAUAUGAAUGAGCCAGCUUAAUAGUUUUAAGUGUUCUGCAACAACACAACCACUUGACCUUUUUUUUUUUUUUUUUUUUUUUACUAAUUAUUUAUUACUAUGUAAUGUAAUUUUAAGUAUUGCUGCUAUUAUCAAUAUUCCCUACCUUUCAGAAAAGGCUGAUUACUUGUGAAAGCUGUACACUAAUCUACAUUGUUUUUUAUGUAUGAAUCGAAAAAGUAUUUAAAAAGCUGCUGCUGAUGAGUCUUAGUGAGGUCGGUAGGGUUAGAAGACCUUUACUUCCAAGACCUGAAUCUGGAGCAGCAAUUUAGACUGGACCCCGGAGGUCAUUCUCAUGUUUAUGAUAAAUGCAAUAAAAGCAACACCAACACAAUUA